AUGAAAGCUAACUUAAAUUUACACGACGAAGAGAAUCACACAAAAACAGUUGUUCAAUGCAAAAGUAUGCAUUCCUUUGAAAUUAGCAACGAACCUGAUAAGGUGAUAAAAGUCGAGCGUAGAAUGUGGCUAGGUAAUAUCAACUGGUCAACUCAUCAGAUUGAACUUCACUAUGGUAUUGAUAUGUUGGCUUUUACUACCACGAUCUGCUACGAGCCUGACGUGGAUNCCAACUUAGAUUUACACGACGAAAAGAAUCACACGAAAACAGUUGUUCAAUACCAAAGCAUGCAUUCCUUUGAAAUUAGCAACGAACCUGAUAAGGUGUCAAAAGUCGAGCGUAGAAUGUGGCUAGGUAAUAUCAACUGGUCAACUCAUCAGAUUGAACUUCACUAUGGUAUUGAUAUGUUGGCUUUUACUACCACGAUCUGCUACGAGCCUGACGUGGAUUUGCACAGGUUACGUGAACAUUUUGGUACUAAUUACGUCGAUAAAUUAUUCUUUCAUAUACUGGCAUUUGAAGCUAACAAAAUUCUCAGCCUUGGUCCUAAAACACUCGAUCCAGGCCCUCAUGGUCGUUGGUUCACGCCUGCUUUUACAAAACUCUGGCAAACAAUUGGUCACAAAGUUUGGGCUCAGUGGCGUUAUCAGCACAAUUUACCUGAUUAUAAAGGCCCUCUCUUUGAUACAUUGAACGAACCUACUAGUUUAACUCCAGCAGUAAAGAUCGAACCUGGUGAUGUUGAAGUUUUGGCAUUUUGUGGUGGAGGCAAGGAUUCUUUAAUUGCUAUGACGCUUUUGCGAUCGGCAAAGAUUCCAUUUUCAACUUUGGUCUAUUCUCAUAGUAUAUAUGGUGCACUCGAAGCUCAACACUGUUUGAUUGAUAGACUGAUCGACACAUGCACACCAAUAACACGCCACAAGCAAUGGAUUAAAGAUACUUUUCUUGACACUCCUGUUUCUAACUUUUAUACGGACUAUGAAAUUGAGCACGUUCUAGCUGCUGAGACUCCAGCAUCGGUUUUUGGUUCACUACCAUUGAUACUCAGCCGUGGAUUUAGAUAUAUUAUUGUAGCACACGAGCGUAGUGCUGAUAUAGGAAAUCUCAUAUGGGAUAUCACUGGUGAAGACGUCAAUCACCAAUGGGGCAAAUCGCUUGAAGCUGAAAAGAUGAUCAACGAUUACAUUCACAAUGAGCUCAUUUUAGGUUUCACCUAUUUCAGCAUAUUGAAACCGCUAUACGAUGUAUUAAUAUUUAGUAUUUUGAAAAAUAGUAUUGGUUCGAUUCCUUUCACUCAUUCAUGUAAUGUUAAGAAACCGUGGUGUAAACGCUGUGCAAAAUGCGCUUANGACGUCAAUCACCAAUGGGGCAAAUCGCUUGAAGCUGAAAAGAUGAUCAACGAUUACAUUCACAAUGAACUCAUUUUAGGUUUCACCUAUUUCAGCAUAUUGAAACCGCUAUACGAUGUAUUAAUAUUUAGUAUUUUGAAAAAUAGUAUUGGUUCGAUUCCUUUCACUCAUUCAUGUAAUGUUAAGAAACCGUGGUGUAAACGCUGUGCAAAAUGCGCUUAUAUCUGGCUGAAUUAUAUGGCUUAUCUACCGUUUGACCUUGUCGAUGGAAUCUUUGAGAAAGAAAAUCUUCUUAAUUUACCGGAAAAUCAACUCUACUACCGUCAAAUGCUAGGUCUUGAAAAACAUACACCAUUCGAAUGUAUCGGCCAAGUGCUCGAAGUACAAUUGGCUUUUGAACUUGCUCAUCGCAAAGGAUUACAAGGUGUAGCUAUGGACAUCUAUUUAAGCGAGGUGUCGUCCGAUCAAAACUGGUUGGAUAUUAUUACUAAGUAUACUCGUGUAGCGAGUGAAGAUACGACAAAUAUGCCUCAUAGCAUUAAGAUGCGAAUAUUACCACUAAUGGAUCGUGACAGUAUUGCUGCCCGUAAACAGUUGGCCACCAUUUUAGACUUACCGAAUAUUUGA